ACAAUAAUUGUCAAAAGAUACUUAAUCGUGAUUUUAAUAAAAGAAAAAUGUUUGUUAAAACAACUAUAAAAAUUCUAGUAUUUGCAUCAAGUUCAAAAGUAUGAACAAAUAUGAAAAAAAGCUUUCUUUUAAAUAAUUAAUAAUAAACAGCAGCCAUGACUUUCUCGGAAGUCGUACCGCAAGAAAGUAAUAUUACUCAGGUUUUCUACACACCGAAUCUGACGCGCUUUAAUCUUAGAAAGAGAGAUAAAACUCAUAAGGAUGCCGCCAUAACUCCUCCACCGUAUGAGACUUCGUCAGUAUCCGUUGCAGCUGUAAAUCAGAAAGAUAAAAACAGCUUACAAAAUAAUAAACGUCGAAAGCUGGAGAAAGAAAUUAUAACGAACUACGGAAUGGCUGGAGAUCGUCCACAAAAGCAAAAGAAAGUUAUAUUUAGGUCUCCUAUUGCUAAGAAUACGAUAGAUGAUAAAAAUGUAACAAAGCCUAGCUCGCUAACAAAAGUUUUAGCUACUGAUCGAGGACAAAACAAAAAUUCACGUAAGAACGCUCCAAACGACAAAAUGAAACCUAUUCAAAAAUCUACGGAAAAUCAACCUUUCGCUAAUUUAUAUAGUAAAAUCAGCAACGAUAUUGUCAAUAAAAUACCUAGUUGCGAUCCUCACUGUGAUGUUACUAAAUGCCCACGUAAGCUAAGGAUGAAAGACGGGGUUUUCGAAAAAGAUAAAAAGAAAAAUAAAAGAAAACGUUUUAAAAGCACAACCCGCGAUGUUUCUGAUUUUAACGAAACAUUAAAAUUUGAAAUAAAGCCUAAAGCGAAAAAAAAUAUCCUAAAACGUCUAAGAAAUAAUAAGUAUAAAAAGUUAAAUUCUAAAAGAUCAGUGAACGAAAUUAAACAGGUUGCGAAAACUGAAGCUCUGGAUGGAAAAACUACAUCCAAUAAACAUAAAACAAUUGGGGAACAAACAAAAAAUAACACUUUUUAUGAAGAAAGCACCAUUAAGUACAAAAAUCGCAAAAACGAAGCUCCCAGUGAAAUUCGCAACAGCAAUUUGUAUAUGGAAAGAGAUAGCCCAAAAGGCAAUAAAGUAUUGUGCGAUGAUACUAACUGCGAACAAUCAAUGUCAAGCUCUACUACUUUAAACAAAAUUAAGGAAAAACUUUACUCGUUACACCGCAAAUACUCGAAAUUAAAACAAAGGAAUUUAGAUAAAAGAAAGGAAGAAAUAUCAAAAUUAAAAAAUCAGCAAUUUGUUUUUUCAAAUCGCCCCAAAUUCAAUGCCGACACGAAGAAAGAAAAUGCUUGCGAAAACAAAGAAUGUUUCAAUACACUUCCAGAAAAGAAGAAUUCAAAAAAAACCAUUAAAAUCCGUAAAAACGAUAGUUUACUAUCAACGGGAUUGAAACGUAUUUGUUGUAUUUUCCAACAAUCUGAUACAGGGAAAUCCAAAAAGAUUAAGUUUGGUGAAAAAGCUACAAAUCCUACAAGGCGACAUGAGAAUGAUCAAACAGGUGAACCUGUAUUAGAGAUCAAAGUGAAUACCGUGGGGAUGUGCGUUAUGAACCCAGAAGAUGUAAAAAAUAAGAUUCUGCUAAACAAAACGAUUUACCACUGUUUGAUUUAGAAUUGGAUUCAGACAGAAUGUGCAUUUUAAAUUCGGCAGAACUUCAAAAUAAAAUUGGUGACAUUAUUAAUGAUAAGAAAUUAGACCCAUGCAAUUCUGGCAUUUGUCGUAGUUCUGCUAAUGCAAAUCAGAACUACAUAUGUAAAUGUACUCAAAGACAAAUUAUACCUGAGGUAGAACAUUGUUCAGAAGAGACAUGUAAAUCGCUUGAUACUAAAACAGGUAUAUUUAAAACAAAAGCUCAAAGCAUAAAAUCAAAAAUUAAUACAGUGAAAUCAAAUUCGGAAAAUAAAAAUCUUCACGGUCUCAGUAAAAUUAAACUAAAAAUGUCUUGUAUUUGUUCUCAAAUAACAUCUAAGCCUUCACUAAGACAUCAAAAACGUAAAAGGGAAAACCCCGGGUUUUAUUUUAAAAGGGAAAAAAGAAAUAAACUUGCAAUACACAACUCAAAUCAGGAUCUUCAAAACCAAUGUUAUUGUCGAGAUAAAAGAUGUAAACGAAACUCGAAUGGGAUUUACCGAUGUAACUUAUCUGAAAAAGGACUUUUAAAAGACAUUAUUUUUCAAAAUGAAAACCGCCGACAACAUAAUUUCCACAGAAGAAAAGUUAUCCGUAUACCUUCUCUAAUUGCUAAUAGAAACGAAACACUAUACAAUUGUUGCAUUUGCGCAAAAAAUACACUGCAUUGUGAAAAAGAUAUAUCAACUAAUUCAAGAUUUCGAAAUUAUCUGUCUUGUUCAUCAGUUAAAAACGGAGUGAACUUUAACGAAUCGGAUAACCUAUCAAUGAAAAACAACUACUCAAAUGAUGAAAUUAAGCAAUGCCCAUGCGAGCUCGAAUCUUCGUCGAGAAUGGCAAUUUGCAAAAGGUUUCUUUGUCACUCGCUUUCUAAUUUCAGAAUCAAAAGGCAACAAAAGAGGAGACGCAUUACAAAUGGUAUCACAAAUAAAAAUAUUAAAAAAGUCGGAUUAAAAACAGGAAUUGAACAAAAUCCCUAUGGUCCGAAAGAAUUUGGUGAUAUAAAUAAGGAUCAUCAAUGUCUAUGUCAUCAUAUCUGUGAGUGUGGUAUGAUUAAAGUCAGAUCUAAGAAGAAUAAAGGUCGAAUAAUUAAGCGAUCAUCAAAACUAAAAUCUAAACAAAAAAAGAAAUUGAAAGGACGCAAAAAUAAACAAGAUAACAAGUCGGCCAGAAAACGACGAAAAGAGUUUCUAAAAGAAGAAAAGACUUUCCAAAAAGAAACUAAAAAGAAAGAAAAGGCUGAAAGAAAAAAGAGAGAAAAGUCAUUUUUGCUUGAAAAGAAACAGUUAGAAGCCAUAAAUAAGGGCAAAGAGGAAUUAGACGAAACAAGUUGUCUUGCUGAUUUCUUUCUGGGACUACUAAAGUGUGCAGCAAGUAUUUUAAAGCAUGUUGGGUUUAUAAUUUUUAAGGUCAUAAGUGACCCAAAGGGAAGCUACAGGUAUGUUCAACAAAGACUGAGAGAUCCUAUAGGUACAUAUGAGAGGGUUAAAAAGGCCUUUGAAGAUGCGUGGCGAAUAAAAAAAUUGAAAAUUAUGAAGAGCUUAGGUGGGUCUGAUAAAAUGACAAUAUUGUCAGAUACUUUACAAGAUACAGCUAUUUAUCAAGCUUUUGCCUACAAAGGAAAAACUAAAAAAGAGAAAAGGAAAAUUGAACUGGAAAACAAACAAAGGAAAAUGAGAAUUAUGCAAAGAGAUAAAGCCGCAUUGAAAAAUUGUAAGCAUAUGUUAUUGCAUACCCUAAGAAAAACGCCUUGUUUAUGGUUUUAUCACGUUUGCCCUGUUUUUUACCCUCAAUGUUUGGGCUUGCUUUCAUUUAUGCACAAAUUUACGGACAUUUUGUUGUUUUUGCUAGCGUUUAUGGUGUGGACGCCCUGUAUAGUUUGCUUUGAAGGAUGUCGUGCUAUUUGUUGUUGUAUUUUGUGCACACAUUAGUGUAAUGUAAGAUUGUUAGUUGAAAUUAAUAAAUCAUAAAAAGUU